UGCUAUAAUGAAUUAGUUCAGCUGAAGAUAAGGGUCUGUAAUUUCCUGAUGAACACAGAUAUGGGAAACUUUAUUUCCAGAUGGAAAGUGGCUUGGAUGAUAUUCACGUUUGGAAUGAAAAAUAGUCAAGGUCAUCCUCAUUGCACUGCAAAUGUCACAGUAGAACCAUCUUCAGUUGUGGUGAUGGAAUCUAAUGUCACCAUUACUUGUAUAUUGAAAUGCCAAGGCUGUCGACCAGGAAACAACAUUUUUAUUCAUCUAGAUAAUGAUGCUAAAGAACCAAGGAGGAUUAAUGAGACAGCAGGGGUCCUUCAGCUCUCUAAUAUAAACAGGUCUUAUGAAGUCUCAUGCGUUACUGACUGUGAGGUUCCAUCAGAAGUUUGGUAUAUAAACUGGAUACAUUUAUUUGCAGGAUAUCCUCCAGACAAACCUACAAAUGUACAGUGUUCAUCUGAAGAAAAUUCUGCUUUCAUGAUAUGUACUUGGGAAAAAGGACGAGACACACAGUUACCCACUAGCUACAGUGUGAAUGUCACAAAUCUACAGGUAUCCAGAGAGGACAUAUUUCCUGAAAAUGAAAGUGCACUAAUUCCAAUAAACAGACAACAAGACAAGGAGUUUGACAUUCUCAUUAAGGCCACCAAUGCAUUGGGGCUCUCUAUAUCAGACGUACAACGGGUUUUGCUGGAGGAUAUAGUGGUUCCUGUCAAACCUGUGAUCACCAGAAUAGAAAUUAUUGACUCCAUAUUAAAAAUCAGCAUUCAGUGGAGAAACCAAAUAUCAGCAAACCCAUGUUAUUGUGCAGUGGAAUACAAAACCAUAAAAAAACAGAACUGGAUAUGGGCCGCAGAAUUAGAACUGAAAAAAGCAAAUAUUCUUUUUGUGGAGGAAAACACAGAAGCAAUCAAAUUGCGAGUACAAUGCAGAGAAGAGACAGGAAAACGUUAUUGGAGUGAUUGGAGUGAUCCACAAACAAUUCCAGACACUGUACCAGCUCAGACAUUCAGUGUCUGGAGGGCGCUUGGCUUGGUGUACCCCAACGGAAGUCAAGAAGUUAUUAUUCUUAUAAAGCUGUUGGCUCCUGAAGCACCUCGUAGAAAAAGUUUAGGAUUUAAUGUAACUUGCAAAUUUGAGGGAAAAGAGAUUUUAAUACAAACCUGUGAAAUAUCCCUAACACACUGCAGAGUUAUAGCACCGAAGGGAGUAAAAACCUUAUUUGUUGCAUCAUACAACGCAAACGGCACCUCUAAACCCUGUAAUAUCUCAAUGCAACAAGUACCCGGUUUCUCAACACCCCAAAAUGUAACAACUGAAUUAUUGCUUAAUACUUCAAUAUUAGUUAAAUGGGGACAACUGAAAACAACUGAACACUAUCUUCUUUGGUUCAUUCUCCAAUGGUUUCUUGAUUCUUGUGAUGAGCAGCAGCAGAAUAUUUCAUGGCAGAAGAUUCCAAGGGAAGAAACUCAGUUUUACAUAAAAGAUAACAUAAAACCUGGAAGACAGAUGAACAUUUCUCUGUAUGCAGUAUACGGCAGUAGUGUUGGACUAAUACACUCAUUUUAUGGCUUUUUGCAAGAGUCAAAACCAGAGAGAGGUCCCAAUGCAAAAGUCAAAGUGAAUCUUGGAGACAAGAUACUUAUUGAGUGGGAAGAGAUUCCGUACUGUAAACAAAAAGGACUUAUCACCAAUUACACAAUUUAUCUGAAGAAAGGACUGCGUGACUUUUCAGACAAAUACUACACAGCAGUAAGGAGCUUUUGGUUCUACAGUUUAAAUCAGGACGUUCUUUAUACAAUUUGUGUAACUGCUUCGACUCUAGCAGGCGAAGGACCUUGUGGGGAAUCUUUAAUGUUUCAACCUGAUCAAGGUCUUCAUAACUAUAUUGAGAUGUUAUUAGCAAUCAGCUUUGGUGCAGUCAUCUUGGUAGUUUUUACGUUGACCUUAUAUUUUAAGAAGACAAUACGGGGAAGGAUAAAAAUAUUUAUUCUGUCAUGGCUACCAAACUGCCUACACGAAAUCUAUCCUCAUGUUGAAAACAGUGUAGCAGCAAAAUCUUUGCAGGAAAGACAAAAUAUUCCUGAGCCCUUCCCACUUUUGUUGUACACUGACCCAUCUGUUACGGAGAUUCAUGAACCUGAAACGAUCAGUCAAUCUGAGUUAUUGCCAGAAUUUUUCAAAAAAGCCAGAGAAAUCGAAAAUGUCCCAGAGAAUGUGUCUCCUCCAAAUACUAAUGGUGUGAAUGUUCCUGAAGAAGUGGUGUCAUAUAGACCCCAAACAACAAGACCAAGCAUCCAUAGUAAAGACCCCUACUUUUCACCUGCUCAUAUAAUGAACUUACAAAUUGGCGCAUUAAAUUGGAACAACGAUAUGUUAAGUACUUGCACAAACUUGGGUCCCCUAUUAUUAAAUAGCCAAAAUAUGAUAAAGAGAAAUCUCCAUGAAUUGGAUUUGCCUAUAACCAAUGAUGAAGAACUUAAUCCUACCUCAGUUGACUUUGAAACAGAAAACAAAGUAUCUCUAGAUUUUCAAGGGACCAGUCCAUUAUUCAGUUUAAUAAAUAAUACUCAUACUUUUCCUUCUGAUCAAAUUAAAGAUACCAGUCUGCCAGACAUAAAGAAUUAUUUUCCACAGAUGCUGGCAAAAGGACCAUAAGUAAUGUUAAUAUUAUAACACAGGACUACAUGAAGAACCCCACUACUUGUGCCCUUCAAUGUAGGUCACCAUCGGCUCAGCACUCAAGCGAUAUCCAAAUUGAAUAUUACAGCAUGCCCCCAUAGAAAUGUAUUAUGUGAGGAAUUUAACGCACCUGUGCUAUCCAACAUGCUGAUUUUAGCUUUCUCCUAGACUGUUACAUAAUAAAAAAAAAAAUAACUUUGGGCGCACAGGACACAAUAGUACUAUUAUUUUUCCCUCCAUGUGUAAUCCAAGCCUGAGAAAGCCUGGGAGAGGAAACAUGCCAAAAGCAGUUCUCCUGCAAUUCGAAGUUGGGUCCCUGAUAGUUUUAUACACUUUUGAGUUUACAAAAAUAUUUAGGAGCGAGCACUCUUAGAGCAAUUUGUCGGUGCCCAUCAAACUUGUACGAAUUCUCAAAUGGUGGAACCAGUGGAUUUGUGAAUAUCUAUGUGUAUGUUCAGUCUUUCAACUCUUUUAUGGACAUUAACUAGAAAGAGAAAACCAGCUACUUCUUUCUUCCUCAAAAACAAAUAAAGUCCUAAGAUACCUAUAAGGUAAUAAGAAGGCGCAGCAUCUUGUAAUCCAAAAAUCAACAAAUGUAUAAAGGAAUGUGUGAUAACAUACUCACAAGGUAUAAAGCUAGUGAAAGCUGACUGGCCUCUUGGCAGUGGACCAGCUCACUGAACAACCAUGACAGGACCCUGGAACUCCACAGGCAACUCAGUGGGACUCCAGAACCAAAUCAGUAUCAAAGCAGCAGUGAAAGUAUGUUUUGAAAAGCUAAAAACUUUAAUAAAACAUAAUUAGAAGGGAUCACUUAACAUCAGAGCCCCUUAAUAAAGGACACUUUAUAAGGGGCUCUGAUGUGGAGUGAUCCCUUCUAAUGAUGUUUGAAUAAAGUUUUUAGCUUUUCAAAACAUACAGCACUAUAAUUUCUCUCCAAACUAGAAACUAUUUGAUAAUCCUUUUCAGUUUAUUUUUAAAUAGAAUAAAUGCAAAGUGGUAUGUUAUUUGUAAAAGAUACACAUAAAUAUACAAAGUAUGAGCAUAAUUUGUUAAAGUUACACAGAAACUAUAAAAUUAUAUUUAGAAAUUUUAAAAUCACAAUCCUAAAUACACUGCUGUAUAGAAAAUGAGAUACAAAAUAUAAAGUGCAAAGUUUAAAUGUUAUAAAUCUUAAUCUGAAGUGUAAAAUAAUGAGUAAAUGCAAAAGAACUGUCUUGUCAUGCAGUGCUAUAUGGCACUUGGCUUGUCUCUCCUUAAUGUACAGAAAUGCAGGGAACACUUCUUGGACAAGUAUAACAAAAUCUGCCUUUUAAGAAUUUCACUAAGGAUCUCGCAGUACUGGAGUAUCAUUUUAGAUCAUCUCAUCUGAGCAGAGAGGUUUUGAUAAUCAUGCUCAAAGUCCCUUUAUAUACCUACACAUAGUACAGUAUACUUGAUCCCAACAAUCAAUUAAACUAUACAUAAAUAUUAAAGGGACAGUCUAGGCCAAAAAAAACUUUCAUGAUUCAGAUAGAGCAUGUAAUUUUAAACAACUUUCCAAUUUACUUUUAUCACCAAUUUUGCUUUGUUCUCUUGGUAUUCUUAGUUGACAGCUUAACCUAGGAGGUUCAUAUGCUAAUUUCUUAGACCUUGAAGGCCAUCUCAUUUCAGAAUGCAUUUUAACAGUUUUCAGCACUGGAGGGUGUUAGUUCAUGUAUUUCAUAUAGAUAACACUGUGAUUGUGCACGUGAAGUUAUCUGGGAGCAGGCACUGAUUGGCUAAACUGCAAGUCUGUCAAAAGAACUGAAAUAAAGGGGCAGUUUGCAGAGGCUUAGAUACAAGAUAAUCACAGAGGUUAAAAGUAUAUUAAUAUAACUGUGUUGGUUAUGCAAAACUGGGGAAUGGAUAAUAAAGGGAUUAUCUAUCUUUUAAAACAAUAAAAAUUCUGGUGUAGACUGUCCCUUUAAUGUGAAAAAAAUAUAUGAUUCCAAUAAAUAAUGAAAAAAAGCAUACGAUUAUCCUGGAGAAUAAUAAAGUAAAAUCUUUUAGACAUAAUAA